CUGUUUUGUGUGCGUGUGCAUGUGAGAAAGCGACAGCUAGUGGGAGGCAAGCUUUGUGUGGAGAAACAGAAUGAACGCGCAUUAGAUGCUGUUAUUUUAAGCUUGGGUAUUUAUCCGCUUGUUUAAUAUCGCUUUCUGUACGUAUAUGAAGCGAUAUUUUACGGCUUUAGCAUCGAGAGAGGUUUCCACCUCUUAUGGCAACAUCGGCAUAUCAUAUUAUCAUCAUCAUCACCUCCGCAAGGAAAUAACGGGCAGGGCUGCUGGUAUAUUUAUUUAUUUCUCCCUCAUGAGUCCUGCAACGUUUGUGGGAAACGCGAUCGAGCCAGCCAGAGAUAUUUUACUGAUCAUGGAUUAAUGGUUGCGUGAGCUGUAUAUGAAAGGCUUCCAAUGCUGAAUAUGUCAACUCCCAGCGACCUCAAGUCUACCUGCGUGACACGGAACGGCAUGGUCAAGCUGCCCCCCCAGCCCAACGGCCUCGGUUCAGCCAGCAUCACCAAAGGCACUCCAGCUGCCAAGAAUCGCCUGUGCCAGUCCUCCUCUGUGCCCACCAUCUUGCCUCCCCCCAGCCUCCCCUAUCACCUUGAACCCCUGCCCACAGCAGCCUCGCUGCUGGGCCCCGACCUGGACACAAGCCCUGUGACUGCCAUCAAACCUCCCCUGAGGCAAUUCCCCAAACCCCUGCUGGAGAGGCAGCUGGUGUUGGACGAGAAGGUGCUGAACCGGCUGUUAUGGUACUUUACCACGGCCGAAAAGUGCAUUCUAGCCCAGGUGUGCAAGACGUGGAGGAAGGUGCUCUACCAGCCCAAGUUCUGGGAAGGUGUGACACCCAUCCUGCAUGCCAAGGAACUCUACGCUAUUCUGCCCAAUGGAGAGAAGGAGUUUGUUAGCCUCCAGGCUUUCGCUCUAAGAGGCUUUCAGGCAUUCUGCCUGGUUGGCGUCUCUGAUUUGGACAUUUGCGAAUUCAUCGACAACUAUCCGCUGUCAAAGAAGGGAGUCAAGUCUGUCAGUCUUAAGAGGUCGACUAUAACAGAUGCAGGACUUGAGGUGAUGCUGGAGCAGAUGCAGGGGCUAAUGCACCUGGAACUCUCCGGCUGCAAUGACUUCACAGAAGCAGGCCUGUGGUCCAGCCUGAACGCCCGGCUGACUUCUCUCAGCGUAAGCGACUGUAUCAACGUAGCCGAUGAUGCCAUCGCUGCCAUUUCCCAGCUCCUUCCCAACCUGUCAGAGCUCAGCUUGCAGGCCUACCACGUGACAGACACAGCCAUGGCCUACUUUACAGCCAAGCAGGGCUACACCACCCACACGUUGCGCUUGAACUCCUGCUGGGAGAUCACCAACCAUGGCGUGGUCAACAUGGUGCACAGCCUGCCCAACCUCACCUCCCUUAGCCUGUCGGGUUGCUCGAAGAUCACAGAUGAUGGUGUAGAACUGGUCGCUGAGAAUCUGAGGAAGCUCAGGAGCCUGGAUCUGUCCUGGUGCCCACGCAUCACUGACAUGGCCCUGGAGUACAUCGCCUGCGACCUGCACAAGCUGGAGGAGUUGGUUCUGGACCGAUGUGUGAGGAUCACAGAUACAGGCCUGGGUUAUUUAUCCACCAUGUCCACAUUGAGAAGUCUUUAUCUGCGCUGGUGCUGUCAGGUCCAGGACUUCGGAUUACAGCAUCUUUAUGGCAUGAGGAGUCUUCGCCUUCUUUCUCUAGCAGGCUGCCCUCUGCUGACCACCACCGGCCUAUCAGGCCUGAUUCAGCUCCAGGACCUGGAGGAGCUCGAACUGACCAACUGCCCCGGCGCCACAGCCGAACUCUUCAAAUACUACUCCCAGCAUCUGCCGCGCUGCAUGGUCAUCGAGUAGAGCGAGAGUUUCACGUGUGCGCCGGCACCCUCCACAUCACCAAAACUUCCUCCUUAAAGACUGAUGAUAUACCCAACUUCAUCCUGGACCCACGGGGAGAACUGACAAAGAGAAUUUUUCCGGAGGGGUGAAAAGGGAUCGACGCGGAAGACGUAGAGAGGAAAUGUGACGAAAGGUCGAAGCGGGCCUUGACUGAUGAUGAGCGAGAACGAAAAUGUACAAAUCGCGGCGGGACAGAAGCUUGAUCUUUCAUUCAAUAACAUGAACCCCAACACAUACAUGAAACAUGUCCCUCUGAGAGACUGGCUUCCAUGUCUCAUCAUACUGUUUUAUCUUAAAGUGAAGAAGGUUACUGCUAGCUGUUGAAGAUAAAGAGAGGGGAACCAAUAAAUAAAAGGGAAACGUGUGAGUUAAAGGAGCCACUGCAACAGGGUCUCUUCGCUUUGUCCAGCGGCGCUCCUCUCGCGUGGUGCUGCCUCCAUCUCUGUGUCUUAUCAAAACAAAAACUUUCGAGAUGAACAGCUAUGUAGAUUCACAUCAACGCUACUUGUUUAUUGUCAUGCGUUUCUCUUUCGUCUUUGUUUAAAUAUUAUUUUUUUAAGUAUUAUUUUUGAUGAUAAGGAUUACUGUGAAACAUUUACGGUACGCGAUGGAGGUUUCAGGCGCUUUCAAUAAGAUGGAAAUCCAGGUACGGUAUGACUCAAGAGGUACUGUUUAUUUUGAAAGGAACGAUCUGGAUGCAUUUUUGUCCAGCGGAAAGAUAUUUUCAGGUAUUUCGAGUCCAGUUUUUCGGGAACGGAAGGGAAAGAGCAGCUUUUACAUUUUUACUGUGGUUCAGAGGGACUGUGGUUUGUACAAUAGAGAUAGCUCGGCUUUUUCAUUCAUCUGCUUUCUUUUAAUUCCAUUUUGAUGUCAAUUGAUAUUAGUGGCUAAUGUGCAGGUUUCCAUAUUAAUCCUGAUUCAAAUGAAGAUGAGAUCUCCGGGUGAUCCCAUAAUGCAGUGGAUGACACACAGACUGAUGCUUAUAUGUCACCAGGCCAAAUCAUUUUAACAGCGGACAGCAUGGCAUUUCUAUUAAACUAUGAGCACACCGUCUCUUUUAGCCCAGUGUAAAUGAGUGCAUUCGCUUUUAAAUACAUCUCAUGGAUACGGUUUACAAAGAUUUGCAUUGCAUUGACAUCAAACAUCCCACACAAGCUUAUUACAAUGCUUCCCCAUUAAGCAAUAUCCAUCCAUCAGCUUUUAGAUUCGUAACACGUCUUAUUAUGUGUUACAGGCAGGUACUGUAGUUGUUCAUCCGUGAUGCCUACCUCAUUCAACCAUGGGGUAUGUAAAAUACAGGUAUGCAGGGAAAUUUACAGAAAUUAGCCAUUUGUCCUGUUUUAACCGAGACCUCCACCCACCAACCCUGCGUUUGUCCUCUCAGGAGUUUAUCAUGCUGCUCAGUCCAUCUUUGUUGAGUCUGCUGUGUUAUAGAUUGUGUAGAUACUGUUUCAACUAAUAAGGAGUUUUGGAUUUGGCAAAUAAUUGACUUAAACACUAAAUAGGUAAAUGUGUUUACAUCUGAAUAUACUGCGCAUUAGUUGUGCUGUUGUUGUUCUUUGAGAAAUUGUACAGAAAACGUUUCAGCUCAAUGACAAACACCACUGGGUUUUCAAACACACAGCUUAUCUCUCGCCCCAUAAAGGUGUGGUGAACAAAAACAAAAGCUUUCCCCCUGGCACUGAUGAGGUGAGGAUAAAUCCAACAUUUGCCGUUUUCAAAGUGGACACUAUCCCACCCCACCCUAAAUCCUCUAGGCUUUAAAGAUAAAAAGCUGUAAGACACAUUAACAUAAACAUUAACACUUACUUUAAACAGCUGAUCUCUCUUCAUGUAUAUAGUGGCCUCUUAAAAGAAGGGCUCGUGGCUAAACGGCAAUCCGGAAAGACCCGGGAGGCUCUUGAUCUCAGACUUUAUUUAUGUUUGAAAUUGCUACGUAUUUAUUUGCUUUUACUUAUCAUAGUGGGUUAAUUUAUUGACAAUUGCACAUAUUUAUUUAUUUAUUAAACUUUAAGUGAUUGUUUGGUUCGAGGUUUUGGUUGUUUUUGGAAGCGGAGGACACAGGGAGCUGCAGGGAAGUUGAUUUGUGAGCGAUGCGGAUUGCUAUGUCUUUCCCUUGUGUCUAUGUUUAAUGCCUGAUCUACUUUAACCCUUUCUUUUUGUUGUGUAACGUUGAGAGACACUGUCACAGUCCACUAACAGUGAUUUGGCAUUGAAUGUUCAAUAUUCUACAUCAGAUAGUUGUAGCCCUGUGUUCGGUGGCUUUGAUGCGUCUUGUUAACUUGCAGAAAACGUGUUGCAGUAUUUACAUUCACCCGUUGUCUUGUAAACAAGAGACCAGUUUGGCUAGGACGAGCCUUUCAUCCUUUAUGUAUCCAUUGAUGACAACCAGAACCAUUUCAGAUGAAAUAAAGAAGAGAGAAUUAUUAAUAAAUCACUAAGGCAUUGCAUAGUAUUUGAAGACAUAUAUAUAUGAGGAUAUUGUAUUAUAAAAGCUAUCAUUUUCAUUUCAAACCCAAGCUUCCCCCCUCUAUGGAAUGAGAUUUUUAUGCGUUGUUUUAUCCGUACACAAUAGAACCAUAAAUAUAUAAUAACUCAUGCACUAACCCCACUGUAAUCUGUAUAUAUAUAUCAAUAUGUUGAAAUCAUCUGUCAGGAGGUUAUAAAUGUUUCUUUGAGGUUGCCUGGCUCUUAUUGUGCACGUCUACACACUGCUCUUAUACAAAACAGACCGGGGCAGGUCAGCAGAGAAAUUGUACAGAGGGAAAGCGUGACUACCUUCAGAAAAGUGGCAAGAUAUGCAAAAAUGUCUUUAGCGAUGAAUUACAUCAGCAAUCGACAAGACUUCAGCUAGUUUAACUUUGUACAUUGAGCUAAUAUCAAAGACACGUUAAUACGGGCUACAUGCAAGAAUGUUAACAGAUGUUUAUUGUGUGUGUACAUUGGCAUUAAGUGGGCUGUGUGUGCAUUUGCCUGCUGGCUUCCUCGAAUGACCAAGGCAGGGUUGUUUAAGUCAAUACUGGUACUACUGUGUGAAUUUUGCUUUAUUGGAGAUAAAUCUGGUUGGCAGAUCUAGAGGGGUUCUGUCUGAUUUACACUGUAAAUUUAAACCAUUUUGAAAGCCAAUUUUCAUGAAUAGUGCUAUUCUAUUCUUGCUCUAUUAAAGAGUUUUACUAGCUUACCACAUCCAGCAGAGCGUGUUGGCAAUUUCUGUUCACCCUUUAGCUUGCUUUUAACUUGAAACGUCUGUCGCUUUUAGAAUCCAGACAGCAGACGACUCCGGGACGGAUCCGGUGCAGAUCCGGCCUGGAGUCGUCUGCUGUCUGGGAAUAAAUCAUUGUUUCCUCUUACUGUACUCAUCAGGAUUUGUUUUGAGGGGUUUUUUGAAGAAAAAUUUGAUCCAACAACAGAUAAAGAUAAACGGCUUAUCUAUUGAGGUUUUGUAUGUACUUGUACAUGUAAUACUUAUAUAUAUAUAUAUAUAUAUAUAAUAUUAGUAAUGCUUUUGACAUUCAUACAGGGUCAGUUACAAAUGACUUUUCUCCUGGUGCAAACACUUGGUCAGGUCGACUGUGGUUCAACAGCCUAUGAGCAAUGUUAGAUCUCUGCCUCCCACCGAUUAUAAUGUUUCAUUUCUUCGCCGUUUGAUUUCUUUGUUGUGACUUGGGCAUGUCACAAUUCACACUUCUUUAGGGUACUUUUUUUCUGUAAAUACUGUUGUAGUGGUUAAGUUGAAAUGAGAGAUAAACUAAAGUUUUAUGAACUCCAUCUCAUGGCUGCAGUGCCUUGUUGUUUUCAGUUGGUUGGUUCCAGUCUGCACCGUUUUAGUAAAAGUUGUACAAAAUAAGCAA